AUGGACAGAGGGAAGCAGUUGGACAAGUACGUAAGAGUGGACGCGGACAGGCAGGACACAGACGGCAGGCACAGACACAAGUGGACAGACGGGGACAUGGACGGACGCAUGCAUACAAAGGGAAGGACAAGGACUGACGCGGACAAACACAGACAAAGACGUGGCAUGCAAGGACAAGGACAAACAAAUAACACAGACAGACACGGACUAAACUCACCUUCGUUGGCCACUCGAUCCCGUCCUGUCGAAGCUCCCUCCCGAACGACGUGGACCACAGUCGCCCAUGUGGAUCUGAAACAAAAGAUUGGCAAUAAAGGAAAUGUCCAAGGUAAGAAGUGGACACUUGCCUUUAUAAGAAAGUACAUUGGUCCAUUCUCAUUUGCGCAUCUUUCGGUAGUGGUAACCCAGUGGGUAGUGUUCGUCAAUAUAUCCGAAUAUUUACCGACAACGGAAGCAGCUGGUGUGCACACCAUCGAAAAACAACCGUUUCCGGACUCACUGGGACAUUCUGCUCCCACUGGAUUUGUUAGCGGUUUCGGCAUAAAAUUGGUACCAGACGUAGAAAAUGUCAUAAUCCCCGGAGGAAAAAUCAGAGAUGGUUCGGAAGACUGUGAUACGUCUACCAGCCCAUACGGAGAUUGCAUUCAAGAAGGCAAAGACGAGGAUUACAUUUAUGUCACCAAACAGUACAUCAUGAAGCCAGGAUGUCUAUUCGGUGUCCUAUUCAGCUUCUCGUUGGCCAGCCGUUCCCGGUGGCCUAAGUGGCUGUCCAGAAGGAAUGGCACCGCACCGCUGUUUAGCGUACAAGAGCUUACAAUGAGUGCUAUGGAACUUCGAAAUAUCCAUCGUUUAACGGACCAUGCCUCUAGGCCAGCGCAUACGGAUUGA